AUGACAUCGAAUAAAGUUCCUGUUUAUCGACAUGGAAGAAAAUUUUAUGUGUCCGUGGAGGAAUACGCACGUAUGCGUGCUGAAGAACAGCGACAGCGGCGAAGUGCUGCACAAAAAUCCCAACAUUUACCUGUGCCGAAAUCACAGCAAACAUCGAUAAGAACAUCCUCAGCUUCGCUAUACAAUCCUGUCCAACGUAGUCAUUCGAAUCCAUACGAACAGAUGUAUGGCAUACUGAAAACACCGCGUGUACCGGCUAGUUCAUUAGUUAAUGCCGUCAACCGAUAUGAACCGAAUCGAUUAUCACGUUCGACAUUAAGACGUGCUGAUAAUCCAAAUACGCUUCCGACAAAGCAUACACUCGCCGUGAGUGCUCGCUCAAAUUCAUCCGAUAAAGCAUUGGAUCUGCGAAAAACGGGAUUAACAGUAUUCGAUCCAGAUGAUGAAUUUAAACCCACAUAUGCUAAUGAAGUUCCUAAAUCAACAACAGUAUCUCCUCGACAAUCACGUCGACCGAUGACGACGUUAACAUCCGACUAUGGGAUCUCUCCGACAACAACAAUAUCCAUGACACCAACAGAUCAAACGCAUACUCAGACAACUUCAUCGAAACUUACCAGUUAUUUAACGCGAACAAGACAAUCUAGUUUAAAUCCAUCGUUAUCUAAUGCUCCAACAACUGGCCCAUUUCUUGAAACAGGUAUUCAAGGUUCAACACAGACCUACGCUGUUCUUGGCUCAACUAGCCAACGGCCUAGUUCUGGUCAUAUUUCAUUAGUAAAUCGAUCUGCUUCGGAAAGUAGUAAAAAUCGCCACCCGCAACGAAUUGUUUUAAAUGAUUCCUUUUCCAAUGAAAACUCAAAUGCAUUAUCACAGUUAAGUCUUGGACAAAGGAGCGAAAUCAAUUCCCAUCGGCCAUCAGAAUGCAUAGGCGAAACAGAAAUCGAUUGUGGUCAACAACGCGAACUGUGCACACGUUCCACUCAUCGUAGUCAAUCAACUGAUGGUCUAACGGAAAAAAAGCGCGUGCGUUUCGCCGAUAUGGAAGGUCUAACAUUAGAAUCGAAAUCUAGCCACAACAGUCUUUCGACACCAACGAAAAGUACAUUCCUAUCACGACGACAAUAUAUCAAACUUCCGAGUGAAAUACGCGGACGACCUCGACCUUUUUAUAAUACAUUAUAUCAAGCAACGAGUGAACUCGAUGAAAGCACACUUGCCACUGAUGUCUAG